AUGACGUUCAAACCGGAAGCCUUCCUGGCCAAAGAGGAGCUGAGCGGCUCCAGCUAUAGCGACUAUCUGGUGUUCAGUCGAGCGAUUCUGGGCUGGAGGAAAGUCCAGCAUGAGGGGGCCAGAGGGGAAAGAGAUGACUAUCUGGACAAAUACACUCUGUCUAGAGGCAGUCUCCGAUUUAUCAAUGGUCUCAUCUCCCAGUUCAGUGACAACCUGCAGGAAGCGCAGCUGGUUUCCCGUGCCAGUGAGUGCCAGCGGCAGACGUCUAUCUACAAUGAGCACAGCAACCAGGACGAGCUGCUGAAGGCCGUACUGCUGGCUGGGUUGUAUCCCAACCUCGUUCAGGUAAAGAAAGGCAUUGUUACCAAAGGGGGGCGCUUUCGUCCCAAUAAUCUCGCUCUGCGCUCGCUCAGCGGUCCGGUGCUGCUUCACCGCUCCUCAGUGAACAGAGGCAAAGAGGACCUCCCCAGUCGGUGGCUGACCUUUUUCAGUGCGGUCAAGUCUAACGGGAAUGUUUUCAUCAGGGACUCUUCUGCAGUUCACCCCCUUGCCCUGCUGCUGCUCACUGACUGUGACAUUUCAGAGACAGUAAACGGCGACAUGGUGGAGGUAUCUUUUCCUGGCCGCUCUCUGGUGCGCUGCGAGGUCCCACUUCAGACAUGGGAUCUUCUCUGGGAUCUUCGCACCUCCAUUCAGACCAUGCUCUACCGCAACUUCAACAAUCCCAGCAACGCUAACGUUUCUCAAGAUGGAAGCCUCAUAUCCUUACUUGUAGAGCUGCUGAACAACACGGAGUCAAACCCUUUUGUCGAGGUGUCUGGCACAGAAAGUGAAGUAGAUUAAAAACUAUAUAUUUUCUGCAUGUGAGGUUUGACUCCAUGGCGAAUUUCGAAAUCAUGAAGCAUUUUUUAUUUCGGAAGCACUUUUGUGAAAAUGAUUGCAACAAAUUCAAAUCCCAUGGAAAUUGUGUGCUACUUUUUCUUUGUAAAUGCAUAACGCCAUCACUCCUAUCCAUACAAUGAUAGGAAAAAACAGUUUUGACCUUUUUCAUUGUAUACUAAAUGCUUCAUUGCUUUCUAAAGGAAGUAGGGUAUGAUUUUACUCUGAGUAAGGACGGGUCAUUAAAAUUGUGAACAUUGUCAGAUUUAUUAAAACGAUACAAUUUCCUGCCAUG